CGGAUUCCUGCACGUCAGCACGCCGUCCAGCGCAUUCUGCGCACUCUUGGCUCCAAAACGAAUGCCCGUUUUCCCGGAUCCCGAAGUUGCGAUGCUGGAUGGCCCAGACGGACUUCGGAUGACGCUUUCACGCUCUUGCGCUCUGAAUGCUCAUAUUUCUUCUUUUGUCUCCUGCAGAAAAUGCCGUCCCGGUUCUCCAAGACUCGCAAGCAUCGCGGCCACGUCUCGGCCGGUCACGGUCGUGUCGGCAAGCACCGCAAACACCCUGGAGGUCGUGGUCUCGCUGGUGGUCAGCACCACCACAGGACAAACUUCGAUAAGUACCACCCUGGUUACUUCGGUAAGGUCGGUAUGCGCCACUACCACCUGGCCCGCAACCUGUACUGGCGCAACAUCAUCAACGUCGACAAGCUCUGGACGCUUGUUCCCGCAGAGGAGAAGGCUGACUUGAAGGAGGAUUCUGAGGUUGUGCCAGUUAUUGACAUCCUCCGCCACGGUUACACGAAGAUCUUGGGCAAUGGACAGCUGCCCAAGCUCCCAUUCAUCGUAAAAGCCCGCUUCGUCUCCAAGAAGGCCGAGCAUAAGAUAAAGGAGGCUGGCGGCGUCGUUAAGCUCAUCGCGUAGUAAUGCUCCGCUUUCCUUGCUAUUCAUUCUUUUCAUUUAACAUCCAUGACCCGCACAUCCGCACAUGCAUACGACGACGAGGCCUUCCUAUGUAAUCUAUGCCGUCGUACAUGCGACACGACAUUAGCCUUACCGGCUUGCGCAAUCCGGGGGACCAGUGCAGCUUACGCAGCCGUACACGACUGACCACACGCAGGACAUCGGAGGAGACUUGGUUUUCUCAUACGUAUCGCCCAAUUGUCGCCCAGACCAAGCGAUUGGGAUGUAGAGCUCGCGUUCUCUCUUCCGCUACGAAGUGCAAGUUGAUUUUUGCAUGAGCCACGCUUGGAGAUCGUCUGGUACUGUGAGACCGAAGAAGCAGAUUCUCUGACAACUACCUACGGCCAGAACAGCCU